GAUUCAUAAAUAAAGGAGUAACACGUUUGGAGAUGCGGGUGUGCGAGGAGAGAUGAGUGGGGCACUGGUUUAUUCUUAGCAGGAACAUCAUGAAUUAGUUGCGUUAGAGUAGAGAGAAACACACACACACACACUCACUCACACACAAGCCGCGCAUACUCGGAAUCGCGGAGGCUGUUGCCCGCUAAGAGUCACCUUGAGUCGGCAUGGAAGCGCCUGACAGCAGUGUGAGUCGCUCCGGUGGCUGCAGAUUUCCAGCAUGGCUACCGGCGAGGUACAUUUUUGCGGUGCUCGGCUCGAUCGGCUUUGCCAUUAUCUACGGACUGAAGGUGAACCUGAGCGUGUGCAUCGUGGCUAUGAUCAACAGCACUGCCCUGAUGGCGACUUCGGAGCACCACGCUGCCGUUUCCGAGCUGCACAACAUCUCGACCGCUGCCGCAGCCGGCCCUGAACUGUGCAUGUACCCUGAGGACGAACUAGCGGCGGGUGGCGCCAAAGGUGGAUUUGAUGAUGGCAAGUACGUGUGGAACGAGCGGAUCCAGGGUUUGGUGCUGGGCUCCUACUUCUGGGGCUACCUGGUGACACAGGUGCCCGGUGGUCGGCUAGCGGAAAUAUUUGGCGGCAAGUGGGUCAUGUGGGGCGCCGUGAUGGUGAACGCCCUUUUCACCGUACUGACCCCGCUGGCCGCAGACAUCGGUUAUGCAGCACUCAUCGGGGCCAGGGUGAUCGAAGGCCUCGGCUCGGGUGUUACGUUCCCAGCGAUGCACGUAAUGAUUGCCAAGUGGACGCCACCAUUCGAGAGGAGCAAAAUUUCAGCCAUCGUGUACGCCGGCACUGCCCUGGGCACCGUCAUUUCCAUGCCCAUGUCCGGCCUGAUCGCCGGCUGGAUCGGCUGGGCGGCCGUCUUCUACAUCAUGGGUGGCCUUUCGCUCAUCUGGUGCGUCAUCUGGCCCCUGAUCAUCUACGACUCACCUGAAACCCACCCUCUCAUCACUGAGGAGGAACGAAGCAUGAUUGUCACGUCCUUAGCUGGAGACGAUCCGAAGAAGAAGCACUCUGCAAAUGCAGCAGUGCCGUGGCGCGCGGUGCUCACUUCUGGCCCCUUCAUCGCCAUCCUGGUGGCCCACUUCUGCAGCAACUUCGGCUGGUACAUGCUGCUCAUCGAGCUGCCCUCGUAUAUGAAACAAGUGCUCCGCUUCGAUAUUCAACAGAACGCCGGGCUGUCAGCUUUGCCGUUUUUCACCAUGUGGCUUUUCGGCCUUUUGUUCAGCAACCGGCUCGACUGGGCUCGCUCGCAGGGCUACCUGACCACAACAACCGCCCGUAAAUUUGCCACCAGCGUCGCUUCAGUGAUUCCGGCCGCUUGCCUGAUCGGUGUGUGCAUCGCUGGCUGCAACCGCACCGGGGCCGUCGCCUUCAUGACCGUUGGUAUCACCGCCAUCGCCGGGAUGUUCUCUGGAUUCCUCGCUAAUCAUAUCGAUAUCUCCCCAAACUACGCAGGAACGCUGAUGGCUUUGACCAACAUGGCAGCUACCAUACCAGGCUUCAUCGUGCCUGUCUUUGUUGGCGAAUUGACACACGGAAACCAAAGUUUGGGCCAGUGGCAGAUAAUUUUCUUCACCACGGUCGGAUUCUACGUGGUGGAGGUUGUUGUGUACGUUCUGCUGGGCUCGGGCGAUACGCAACCUUGGAACGACCAGAAGGAGAAAUACGAAGACAAAGCAGCCGGCGACGGCGAAAUGGAAGCUGCACAGCUAUAAAAUUUCCUCUCUGUGCCUUCAUCUCACUUUGAUGAAAACACGAGAGACACCGCAAAUUAGAUUACUUGCCGCACCCUGCGCGUGGCAAAAAAGAGAUGUUGCCAAAACUAAAACACUAUUACAUUUAACGCCGCAUCUAAUGCACUUUACUCGAAUAUCAAAAUUCACCCCGUUCGAGCCAUUUCAAAAUAAUGUAAUUUUAAAAAUACACAAAUAAUAUGUGUGAUUUAAUGUUAAGGUGUUAACUGUCGUAGUUUGAUGAGAUGGCUGGUUUAAUUUCCUCAUUUGCAUUGGAACGCCUUUUCUGCUUCUCUCAUCUCGAAUGUUGCAGUUUUAUCGAAUGUAGCGUAUGUAUGUCUCACACUUUGGUGUAUUAUGCAUGAAGCACUGCGUCGGAAGAAUAAAGUGAAAGAUCAACACAG